CAUACCGUUUAUGACGCAUGUCACGAUAUCGCAGCAAAAACUGAUCAAAUCGCAUCUUGCAACUUCCCCUGUUCUCACACUAAACGCAGUCGCUCUUGCUAUCCCAUCGCUAACUCUGUUCCCGCGGUUACUUGCCCCUUGAACCCACCCUCUGUGAAUCCUUAUCCACACCAUGCUCAAGUGGCUCACGCGCCACCUCGUGAAGAAGAACGAGUAUGACCUGUACUACCCCGGCGCGGCGCCGCAGUCGUCGUUGAUGGCGAUCGCGGUGGGGCUCAUGGCCGCGGUUGGCGGCUUCCUCUACGGCUACGAUACCGGCUUGGUCAAUGGGUUGCUCGAAAUGCGCUACGUGGUGGAGCGCUUUUCCGCCAACGGCCUGAGCUUCACCGCCGCUGAGUCCUCCAUCAUCACCGCCGUCCUUUCGCUCGGCACCUUCUUUGGUGCGCUUCUGGCGCCGCUCCUCUCCGACACCGUGGGCCGCAAGUGGGGCAUCAUCCUCUCCACGGCUGUCGCGUUCAACAUCGGCACCAUCAUCCAGAUCGCCGCCACCGGAAUCCCGCUCCUCUGCGUCGGGCGCGCAAUCUCCGGUUUCGGUGUGGGGAUCAUUUCCGCGGUCGUGCCGCUCUACCAGUCGGAGGCCUCGCCCAAGUGGGUCAGAGGCGCGAUCAUCUCCACGUACCAGUUCGCCAUCACGUGGGGCCUCCUCGUGUCCAGCGCUGUGAGCCAGGGGACCCACAACCUCCGCUCCAGCGCGCUGUACCGUGUGCCCAUCGCGCUCCAGAUCUUGUGGUCAAUCAUCUUGGUCGGAGGCAUGCUUUUUCUCCCCGAGUCGCCGCGCUUCUACGUACGCAAGGAUCGCAUCCGCGACGCGGCGCAGGCGCUCUCCACGUUGCGGCGCGUCCCAAUCGACGAUCCCGGUUUGAUCGAGGAGCUUGUAGAGAUCAAAGCAACCCAUGACUAUGAGCUUUCCUUCGGCGAGGCCUCGUUUUUCGACUGUUUCCAUAGCGGUGGUGGUCGGCACAAGCAGGGCCUCCGCAUGCUCACGGGCAUCUUUCUCCAGGCACUCCAGCAGUGCUCGGGGAUCAACUUCAUCUUCUACUACGGGGUCAACUUUUUUUCCAAAACUGGCGUCAACGAAUCGUACCUCAUCUCGUUUGUGACCUACGCCGUCAAUGUGGUUGCCACCGUGCCGGGGAUCUUCUUGGUCGAGGUGAUCGGGCGCCGCAAGCUCAUGAUCUUUGGGGGCGUCGGCAUGGCCGUGUCAAACCUCAUCAUUGCCAUUGUCGGUAUCACCUCUGACUCGGUCGUAAGCAACAAAGUCAUGAUUGGGCUUGUAUGCACGUUCAUCGCAUCUUUCGCUGCCUCCUGGGGGCCUGGAACCUGGGUCCUCGUCAACGAAAUCUACUCGCUCGGGGUUAGAGGCAAGGCUGUCGCCAUCACCGCUGCCACCAACUGGUUGGUCAACUUUGUGUUUGCCUACAUCACGCCGUACCUCUUUGACAACGGUGCGCGCACCGCAUCCUUGGGCACCAAAAUCUUCUUUAUCUGGGGUGGUUGCAACUGCGUGGGGGUCUUGUUCGUGUAUCUUUUCGUGUAUGAGACAAAGGGGCUACGGUUGGAGGAGGUGGAUGAGAUGUAUAACAACUGCUCCAGCGCCUUGACGUCAACCAGGUUUGUGCCUAGACGUGUGUUGGACUAUCCGCUGUCCGAGCCUGAGCAAAGUUCAGAGAGGAAGCGCGACUUGGACCGCAUGUCUACCAACUCGUAUGCUGAAAGAGUGCAGUCAGGAUACGGCACGGGCUAUGAUGGGCUAUCGGCUGCUUACCCCAUUGAUACUGCCCCCAAUAGAUCUUCGGCAGCUCCCGAUGGAUCCCCAAUCCCUCCUGCAGCCCAGAUCGAUAUACACGACCCCCGGAUCUCCAUGUAUAACAUCGGCCACGACAUGAACAUCCACGCGAUCCAGCACCGGCCACCGCCGUCGUUGGAAUCGUCGUCAUCCGACAUUUCGUCCACUCACCUGGACAAGACCGAGUCCGACGGCGCCCGCACCACGGGGCUCGACGUCCAGCAGUACCUCAGCCGCUUGAAUUCGUCUUACGCGACCCCUGCGGCCCCCGUGGCAGGUUUCGCUCACCAAAUUUUAUUGACCAACAACGAUCCCCCUGCGAUCAACUUUGACACCUCAGACGACGAGUCUGAGGCGUCUGAGAUUUCUACAUAGUUUUUCUUUUUUUUUUUUUUUUUACUUCUCUGGUUCGGUAUGGGUUGCCCGGUUUGUGCAUG